CAGGGCAUGCUGGGAGACGGUACUUUUUCUAUUAGUCCCCAAACCUGCUCAGUUAGAAAAAGGCUUCUUUUAUAUUUCAAGCCGCCUCUCUUGUGAGUGUGAAUAGAGUUGGUACGACACUGGAGGGAGGGGAGAGAAAUGAAAUGAAAGGCAAGGCCUGGUGACUCUGGUCUGUCAAACAAGCUGAGCUUCCUCCCCGAGCUGCACAGACAGCGGCCUCUCACCAUGGAUCUGCAAGUCAUGCUGCUCCAGAUCUCCAACAAGUUAAAUGACACCGAAGUCGGCAGCCUGAAGUUCCUGUGCUGGAAAUUGGGCAAGAGGAGGCUGGAGAGCGUCCAAAGUGCCACCGACCUGUUCAGCCUGCUUCAGGAACGGCGGGAAAUCUCUGAGGAGAACGUUGACAGCCUGAUGCAGUUGUUGGGCUCUAUCAAAAGAGACGAUCUCGUGACGGAAGUGGCCGAGUACAAAACGAAGUACAUUGGCGACUCCUUGGCCCCAGGCACACAGGAAAGAGAUCCGUUGGACGACGCCUUUGAUGUCAUAUGCGAUAACGUUGGGAAGGACUGGAAAAUGCUUGUGCGGAGGCUUGGCGUUACAGACGUAACAAUCGAGCGUAUUGUUGGGGCAAAUCCUAGCAACAUGCGGGAGCAGCUCUACCAGUGCUUGAGGAGCUGGAAGAAGGACAAGGGGGACAAAGCCAACAUGGAGAACCUGCUCCAAACACUGCUGGGUUGUAAAAUGAAAUUGGUUUAUGAAAAGGUUCUACAAAAGCUGAACUCAGGCAAUUCAUAGCCGGCGCUUUAAUAUUAAAGGGAUACUGUCAUGGGGAGAAAAAAAAAUUUCAAAACACAUCAGUUAAUAGUGCUGCUCCAGCAGAAUUCUGCACUGAAAUACAUUUCUCAAAAGAGCAAACAGAUUUUUUUAUAUUCAAUUUUGAAAUCUGAUAUGGGGCUAGACAUAUUUUCAAUUUCCCAGCUGCCCCAAGUCACCUAUGCAAAUUAGGAGCUGAAAAAGUGUGAACAUUUUUUUUCACUUCCUUGUUUUGUGAUGAAAAGUCACGUGAUUUCCCUCUCCACCCCUAAUUUACAUAUGAAAAUUAGGAUUUGGUUCAGCCAUGCACAAGGAAUCCGAAUCCUGCUGAAAAAAGCCGGAUCCAGAACCCAAUCCUAGAUUCGGUGCAUCCCUACUUUCAAGGGGUUUUUCACUUUUAAAUAAACUGUUAGUAUGAUGUAGAGAGGGAUAUUAUGAAACAAUAUGCAAUUGGUUUUCAUUUUUUAUUAUUUGUGGUUUUUAGCUUUUUAUUCAGCAGCUCUCCAGUUUGCAAUAUCAGCAAUCUGGUUGCUAUGGUAAAAUUACCCUAGCAACCAUGCAUUUAAAUAAGAGACUGGAAUGUGAAUAGGGGAGGGGCAUGAAUAGAAAGAUGAGCAUUUUUUUUUAGAGUCAGAACUAGAGGGCAAAUAAUG